AUGGAUCCCGAAUGGUUGGAUGAACACAAAGAAGAGGUUGUUGACAACAUAGUGGAAGAAGUGAUUGAUGGUGCAGGACUAAUUAAGGAAAUUGAGACAGGCCAUUUAGAUGAGGAUGAGCAUGAAGAUGAAGAUGAGGAUGAGGAUGACCAUGGGGCUGAGGAUAUGGAUGCUGAUGAAGAUGAGGAUGACCAUAGCAGCCCUCAUUUUUUCAAAAAGGAUAAUGGCCCUGAUGUCGACAUGGGUGAGAAUGCAGGUUUGGUUGACCCGUUGGAAGAAGCCAUGGAUGACAAUGAAGAUGUUUAUCCUGAGUUAUCAAAUAUUUUCAAUGAAAAGUUGCAUUGGAAGGAGCAGGAACCUAUGUUAGACGGUUGCUAG